UUUCCAAUUCUUCCAAUUCUUCGUAUUUGUAUAUUGAGACAAGAACGCUAUCAUGUUUAGAGUUCAACAAUUGCAGCGUGGACAUCCCGUUGACCAUAGGCCGUCUUGGGGUACCCAGAGUUGCAGUCCGUUGAAGCUUUAAGUUCUAUUGCGAUUCGACUCUUCGCAGAGGCUUCAUAACUGUGACCGUUGUGAAAUAUUAACGCAAUAUGCAUACUGUGGCCAGUAUGAACGAGGCGGGGAUGAAUUCCGCGCACACUCUGCCCAUGAAGCUGCGUGCCAUUGCAGAGGCAGGGUUUCCGCAGGUCGAGAUUGGCUUCCCAGACCUCGAAGCAUACGCCUCUCAAGCGUUUCCCGGAUAUAAGGAGCUAGACAAUAGCGGGAAGGGUGAUCUCUAUAACUUACUGAAGACGGCGAAGGAGAUAAGAGAGCUCUGUCGGGAGUUAGGACUGAAGGUGUUGGUCGUGCAUCCGUUCUCGGAAUUCGAGGGCUAUGAUGACGAACGAAAGAGGAAGGAGAACAUGACCAGGGCCAGGGCGUGGUUCAAAGUCUUGGCGGCUCUCGAUUGCCAGAUGCUACAAGUCGGCUCUUCCGACGACCCGUCAUCGAGCUCCGACCUGGAUGUUAUGGCACGGGAUCUCCGUGUGCUUGCAGACGAAGCCGCUGCCCAGGAGCCCCCGAUCAAAAUUGCCUACGAAAUGUGGGCGUGGGGUGCUCAUGUCAAUACCUGGGAGCAUACCUGGGAGGUAUGCAAGCGUGUCGAUCGUCCCAAUCUCGGGCUGUGCCUCGACACGUUCCAAAUUUCAGCGCGUGCAUACGCGGACCCUACCUCCUCAGAUGGAAGGCUCCUCGCCGCACAAGAUCGCCUUGCGGACUCGCUGUCUGCUUUGAGCAAUACCAUCCCGCCGGAGAAGAUAUUUUAUUUCCAAAUCUCAGAUGGCUCGCACAAGCAUGGGGUCGACGCGCUGAAAGCGAGUGCCCAGAAACAGGGUAUAGAUCCGCUGUAUGCAUGGUCGAACGCGUGGCGUCCGCUUCCCUUCCAAGACGAGAUUGAGGGGAAGAAAGGGGACGAAGGUUACGGAGGCUAUCUGCCUGUGGUCGAGAUAUGCGAGGCCGUUGUCAGGACUGGAUGGAGAGGCCCAUGGUCCUUUGAGGUGUUCUACGAGAAGGACAUGUCGAGAGACGAUCCGGAAGUGCCGAGGAGAUGGGCGAGGUCGGCCAAGGCUAGCUACGAGAAGAUCGAGGGAAAGCUGAGGGAGCGGGGCCUCUGAAGAGUACGGUGGCGUCGUCCCCUCCUCCCAGUCGAUUGCGUCACCCUCCGAUUUGACUGAGUACAGGCUUAAUGCGAUGUACUUCGAUCGUCGUAGUUGGUGGACUCUCUGGGCACAUAGUGCUGCCUCGCGACAAUUGUGAUAGGAGAGCACGAGAUGCAUAUCUUCCCCUUUCGGUCGUUGUGGACUUGAUGUGGACCGAACUGCGUGGUUACAUGCGGUGUUGGGCGCUGCCUGUCAAUUGUGGCGUGGGCAAGGCUAGUAGCCCUUCCGGUC